UCUUCAAGAUAUUUGAUUAGGAAUUUGGGGGCGGGCCCUGGCCUGGCACAGACUCGCACACUCUCCGUAGGCACUCACUCCUCUCUCUCUCUCUCUCUCUUCCUCUCUCUCACAUUCUCCAACCCAAGGAGGCCAGACAGAAGGACCGGGUCACUCUGAACGGUUCAACCCGAGAGACAAAAUGCAGUGGGCCUCCAUCCUGCUGCUGGCAGGGCUCUGCUCACUUACCCAGGGCCAGUAUGACGAAGACUCUCACUGGUGGAUCCAGUACCUCCGAAACCAGCAGUCCACCUACUACGACCCCUACGACCCUUACCCCUACGAGCCCUCUGAGCCUUACCCCUACGGAGUGGAGGAAGGCCCCGCCUAUGCCUACGGUGCACAUCCUCCUCCAGAGCCCCGUGACUGUCCCCAAGAAUGCGACUGCCCACCCAACUUCCCCACAGCCAUGUACUGUGACAACCGCAACCUCAAGUACCUGCCCUUUGUGCCCUCCCGUAUGAAGUAUGUCUACUUCCAGAAUAACCAGAUCUCCGCCAUCCAGGAAGGUGUCUUUGACAAUGCCACUGGGCUGCUCUGGAUUGCUCUCCAUGGCAACCAGAUUACCAGUGACAAGGUAGGCAGGAAGGUCUUCUCCAAGCUGAGGCAACUGGAGAGGCUGUACCUAGACCACAACAACCUGACCCGGAUGCCCGGCCCGCUGCCUCGAUCCCUGAGAGAGCUCCACCUGGACCACAACCAGAUCUCACGGGUCCCCAACAACGCUCUAGAGGGCCUGGAGAACCUCACAGCAUUGUACCUCCACCACAACGAGAUCCAGGAAGUGGGAAGUUCCAUGAGGGGGCUCCGGUCCCUGAUCCUUCUAGAUCUGAGUUAUAACCACCUCCGAAGGGUGCCGGAUGGUCUGCCCUCCGCCCUGGAGCAGCUGUACCUAGAACACAACAACGUCUACACCGUCCCUGACAGCUACUUCCGGGGGUCACCCAAGCUGUUGUACGUGCGGCUGUCACACAACAGCCUCACCAACAACGGCCUGGCUACCAACACCUUCAAUUCCAGCAGCAUUCUCGAGCUCGACUUGUCCUAUAACCAGCUGCAGAAGAUCCCUCCUGUCAGCACCAACCUGGAGAACCUCUACCUCCAAGGCAACAGGAUCAACGAGUUCUCCAUCAGCAGCUUCUGCACGGUGGUGGACGUCAUGAACUUCUCCAAGCUGCAAGUGCUACGCCUGGAUGGGAACGAGAUCAAGCGCAGUGCCAUGCCCGUGGACGCGCCGCUCUGCCUGCGCCUCGCCAGCCUCAUCGAGAUCUGAGGGGCCUUGCUCUGGGCUUGGCGCUUCAGGCUCCCGGUGCACGCCCCGCCGCCACCCACCCCGCUGCAUUCGGCUUGAUGGUCUGGUUUGGCUUUUGCUGGACGGUCUGGGACAAGCAUGCGACACAAGUCCACAGGUUCUUAGUCAGUCUCCUUCCAACGGGCAAAGUUAGGUGGGAUCAGGGACCCUGCCAGAUCCUGCAGAGGACAAAAGUGCUGGAGGACUAACCAUGGAGUCCAGCCCCCAAAUUCUUACUAACACCCAACCUUCCCCAAGACCUGGUCUGCCUUGCGUAGACAGUAGCAUAGAACCAUUUUCAGACAAUCUGACUUUCUGGGGCUGUGCUGCUUCCGCAGUUACUCGGGGCUCCUAUUCAUUGCUCCUCAAAACAUCCCUCUUGCCCAAGCACCUCCUCCUAGGCCCAGCUGUCCACUCUGCCCUCUUUCGCUGAGGCCUCUUCCACGUCUUAGGCAGUCAGGAGACACACCCCCUAAGGCCAGUGGUAGCUGUUCAGCAACCUGUGGAGAGGCCACACUAUUGUCUGAGGUUAAAAGGAUGCCUAAAAAUCACCACUGCACCUCCCUAACCUCCCCUGUUUAAAGCCACCAAACUGAAGGUCAUCAGCAUAAUGAUGAUGUCAUGGCUUGACACCAAAGGGGACGACCAGAUCUAUAAUGGAGGAUCAGAUUUCAGAGCGGGAGGGUUCCACGCUUAUCAUCAUAUCUGUAAUGUGGGUAAGGAAGGGUCACAUCUCAGACUCGCAGACCUGAAGGGGCAGGCCCCUUCCCGGGUUUCAUCUGACCCAACAUGAUCUGUGCAGCAGUGUGGUUUUCAAAACAUGAGGAAGAUCCUCUGCCCAUCCUUCUAUCCAAGUAGGAGGGUUUGGUACACAGAUGGUAGAGGCUGACAGGUCCACCAGCCUUGGACCCACAUGCUAACCCAGACUAGGGGGUGAUGGCAAUAACUGGUUUGUCCCUAAGGCACCAGCUUAAGGCACCAGCUCUGCCGGAGAGGCUCGCUGGGGUGCAGAAGCCGGGCCGAGUCUUGCCUCACUAGGCAUGGAUCCCUCUGCUUUCACAUGGUGGGGUCACUCCUCAUGCCCCAAGAUGCCUAUGAUUUGUAGCUUGGCUGACAGCAACCCUAUCCUCUCCUUUCUAAAGGUAAUGUUGUCUGGACACAACCCACAGGCUCUUCUAGACCCCACUGGGAUGGAGCCAUGUGGGCAGCCAGCAGCAAGGACCAGUUGAGGGAUGUUAGCAUGAGUCAGGUCCCUGUCCAGACGCCUUACAGCCCUGACUCUGUGUGCACGUGGGAGCAAGCAUCUCUGAAA